AUGGCAACGGAGCUGACCCUGAAGCCCCUGCAACGGAGGUGUUCCCAGCGCUGUCGAUGGCUUGGAAUCCUUCCGGUGACGAUCACGCUGGCCAUCUUGACGCUGCCCACGGUGCUGCCUCACAUGACUCUGGAAAUGGGGCAGCACCAGCAGGCAGUGAAAUGGUACUUUCAAUCUGGUUGGUUGUGGAAGGAAGACACAGCGGAGCUUUCUAGACGAGGUUGCAAGAUCUUGAAUUUCAAAGACUCUCGGUGCUCCUGCGCAGAUGACAUCCUUGCAAACAUCAUGGCAGGGAAGCAAGAGGCAAUCUACGCAGAUUCUGAUUGGACAUUGAUCAAGGAUCCGAAGAUGCAAUCAGAGGGCAUUCAGGGCAUGCACUACACUGCAUGGUCAACCCACCGAGAGCUGCGUACGGCGGGCGAUUUGCGACAGAGGCACCUGCCCCUUUUGACCAAGCUACUUCUGGAGGGAACCAAGGCGGUGGUGGGCGUGCAUCCAGAUCUGAGGGAUGAUGUGGCCAUUUUUCUGCACUUCCCUCCCAACAUCUUCAGAUUCUUGGCUUUGACUAGCUUUGAUGAGAUGUUGGGAGAAUAUAUGUAUAUAAUACAUAUAUAUAUGUAUUAUAUAUUUAUACAUAUAUAUAUACUGUGA